AUGGCUAGGUUGGAUAAGCAUAAUGUAAGGAACACCCUCACCCCAGGGAAUCUUUGCUGGAGAAAAGACGGCUACGGAGGGUGCAUGAAGUGUUGUCAGUGGGAGCAGAAAGACAAGUUCAGUGGAGGCAGUCAGUUCAAAUUAGGUGGUCAGUGUGGAACUAAGGCUCUCCAAGCGAAGAUGAACCAGCUCCAGGACCAGCCGGGGCGGAGGCGCUCCUCGACGGUGCAGCCGGCCCGGGACGGCUCCGAGCGGCCAGAGCCCAAGAAGGACGUGGAGCUCCUCUUGGUCAAGGAGCAGAACGGCGUCCAGUACACCAGCACCAACCUCCUGGAGCCCCGCAGCCCCCGUUACGGCCCCCCCGGCCCCGCCGUCGCCACCACCACCGACGCGUCCCCGCGGGAGACCUGGGGCAAGAAGAUCGACUUCCUCCUCUCGGUCAUCGGCUUCUCCGUCGACCUGGCCAACGUCUGGAGGUUCCCUUACCUGUGCUACAAGAACGGAGGAGGUGCCUUCCUCAUCCCUUACACACUAUUCCUCAUCAUCGCUGGGAUGCCUUUGUUCUAUAUGGAACUAGCUCUGGGCCAGUAUAACAGAGAAGGUGCUGCUACUGUAUGGAAAAUCUGCCCACUUUUUAAAGGUACAGGCUACGCUGUGAUACUCAUAGCACUUUACGUGGGUUUCUACUACAACGUUAUCAUAGCCUGGUCUCUGUAUUAUCUGUUUUCAUCCUUCACGCUGGGGGAGCUUCCCUGGACGAGGUGUGACCAUCCCUGGAACAGCCCCAACUGCACAGAUCCCAGGCUCGUCAACGUGUCCUUGUUUGCCGGCAGCACCGCUUACUCCAAAUACAAGAACACACCGGCCGCAGAAUUUUAUGAACGACGAAUUUUGCAUCUUCAUGAAAGCCACGGGAUUGGGGACCUUGGCUUCCCCCGAUGGGAGCUCUUGCUGUGUCUUUUGUUGGUGAUGAUCAUUAUUUUCUUCAGCUUGUGGAAAGGAGUGAAGACAUCGGGAAAGGUGGUGUGGAUAACAGCCACUUUGCCUUAUCUCGUUUUAUCUGUCCUGUUAAUCCGUGGACUAACUUUGCCCGGUGCCCUCGAUGGAAUAAAAGCGUACCUCAACAUAGAUUUUGAAAGAUUAAAAGAAGCCACAGUGUGGAUUGAUGCUGCCACUCAGAUAUUCUACUCGUUAGGAGCGGGCUUUGGUGUCUUAAUUGCAUUUGCCAGCUACAAUCAGUUUGACAACAAUUGUUACAGAGAUGCAUUGCUGACUAGUACUGUCAACUGUUGCACCAGCUUCAUCUCAGGAUUUGCAAUUUUUUCUAUAUUAGGCUACAUGGCUCAUAAGUCCAAAGUCAGAAUUCAGGAUGUGGCCACUGAAGGACCUGGAUUGGUUUUCAUCAUUUAUCCAGAAGCAAUUUCAACCCUUAAAGGAUCCACCUUUUGGGCGGUGGUGUUCUUCCUCAUGCUGCUUACUCUGGGCAUCGACAGUGCUAUGGGAGGUAUGGAAGCCAUCAUCACGGGCCUAGCAGAUGAUUUCCACAUCCUGAAAAAACAUAGGAAGUUGUUCACGUUUGGAGUUGCUUUCAUCACCUUCCUGGGUGCUCUUUUCUGCAUCACAAAUGGUGGGAUCUACGUGCUUACUCUACUGGACACCUUUGCUGCUGGGACCUCUAUCUUAUUUGCUGUUUUAAUGGAAGCCAUUGGUGUUGCCUGGUUUUAUGGUGUGGACAGAUUCAGUGAUGAUAUUCAGCAAAUGAUGGGUUUCAAGCCAGGACUCUACUGGAGAUUGUGUUGGAAAUUUGUUAGCCCUGCUUUUUUAUUGUUUGUGGUAAUAGUCAGCGUUGUAAAUUUCAAAUCUCUGACCUACGAUGACUACGUCUUCCCGUUAUGGGCUGAAAGAGUUGGAUGGGGGAUUGCGUUGUCUUCGAUGAUCCUCGUGCCAGCAUAUAUUCUCUAUAAAUUACUGAAUACACAGGGGAGCUUUAAACAAAGACUAGCAUAUUGCAUCACACCAGAGAAUGAACACCACCUUGUAGCACAAGGGAACGUGCGGCAGUUUAAGCUCCAGCACUGGUUAUCUCUAUGAAGACUGCAAAUCUGGAAUGGUAAAGCCAAUACAUUUUUGUUA